UUCAUAAUAUGACAGUUAUGGGUAGCUUCUCUCACGUUCUUAGAAACGUCAAUGUCAAUUUCGGCAAAUGUACAUUAUAUUAAUAAAGUUUAACCGAAAUAGAAAAUAAUAAGACUAAUCAAAAUAUCCUUGUAUUUAUGUUAAUUUUACCACAAUUCCAUAACUAUUGUUAUUUAAUUUAAACUUAAUUAGUUAUAUUACAACACUUAAGAUGUUGAUCAAAGUAAAGACACUAACUGGAAAAGAGAUCGAAAUAGAUAUAGAACCUACUGAUAAAGUGGAGCGUAUUAAGGAAAGAGUUGAAGAGAAGGAAGGCAUUCCACCACAACAACAGCGACUCAUAUUUUCUGGAAAGCAGAUGAAUGAUGAGAAAACAGCGCAGGAUUAUAAAGUGCAGGGUGGGUCUGUGCUUCAUUUGGUGUUGGCUCUGAGAGGGGGUGAAUGAUCUCUAGUGAUUAAUUUCUCCAUUUUAUAAUACUUUUUAUUUAAUUUUUCUUUUCCUGUAUAAAGUAAAACACAUAAUGUAAAA